AUAAUUUUAAUUUGUUAAAAAAAAAAAAAAUCUAAACCCAUUUGUAUAUAACUGAAAGUCUAAAGAGAAAACCUUGAAUAUUUUGGAAAUCAAUCUUUCUUCAUCUCAAAGAGUGCAGCUUUCCAUCUGGUAGAAGAUGGGCUCCUAUUUUCUGGGAUUAUCAAUUCUUAUUCUACUUAUAAUCUCACCUUUGCAGGCUUUUGUGGCAGAAUCAGUUCCAGAGAUAAAAUUGAACUCUAAGCUUCUCCAGAACUCAAUAAUUAAAUCAGUAAAUUCAAAUCCAAAAGCUGGAUGGAAAGCUGGCAUAAACCAACAGUUCUCUGACUACACUGUUGGCCAAUUCAAAAGCAUCUUAGGUGCUAGAAAAACCCCAGAGAGUGAAAGGAAGAAUAUCCCUCUUGUACAUCAUGAGAGGUCCUUGCACCUGCCUAAGGAAUUCGAUGCUAGAAUGGCCUGGCCUCAGUGUAGCACUAUUGGCCGAAUACUUGACCAGGGUCACUGUGGUUCUUGUUGGGCAUUUGGUGCUGUUGAAUCUCUGUCAGACCGUUUCUGUAUUCAUUAUGGCACGAACAUUUCGUUAUCAGUUAAUGAUCUCUUGGCUUGCUGUGGAUUCUUGUGCGGAUCUGGAUGUAAUGGUGGAUCACCUUACUACGCCUGGCGAUACUUUGUGGAUCAUGGUGUUGUCACAGAUGAGUGCGAUCCAUAUUUCGACCCCAUUGGUUGCUCCCACCCAGGUUGUGAGCCCGUCUACCCUACUCCAAAGUGUGUAAGGAAAUGUGUGGAUAGUAAUCAACUCUGGCAACAACAAAAGCGCUAUGGUGCAAAUGCCUACAGAGUUGAAAAAGACUCGAUCAUGGUUGAACUCUAUAAGAAUGGGCCGGUUGAGGUGGAUUUCGAUGUUUUUGAGGAUUUUGCCCAUUACAAAUCUGGGGUAUAUAAGCAUUUAACUGGGGAGUACCUUGGAGGGCAUGCUGUGAAGCUAAUUGGAUGGGGGACAUCAGCUGAAGGAGAAGAUUAUUGGCUCCUUGCAAAUCAGUGGAACAGAAGCUGGGGUGAUGACGGAUACUUCAAGAUCGCUAGAGGAACAAAUGAAUGCGGCAUUGAAGACGAUGUGAUAGGCGGCAUGCCUUCUCCGAAAAACUUGUUCGAGGUGUUGCCUGACUCGAAUGAUGCUGGCUAUGCCUCUCUAUAAAUGUGAUACUGAUUAUUGCUGGUCUUUCUUAUUUUUCUGUGUUAUUAUCGCUGUUCUAUUGGGACAUUAUUAAUGGCCUUUGGUCAUUUGUGUAUAUACUUAUACUAUUGAAGUUGCAGGUCCUUUUUUAGUUCA